AUGUGGGCGGAGCCAAAGCUAUGUAUCCGGACAAAGGACCCCGGGCUGGAAAAACUGCCACUUGUUAUAGACGUGGAGGAAGUCAAGGAUGAAGACCGUCUCCCAAUAUGGAGGAAGAUCUGCUUCGCCAUCGGUGGGGCCCCCUAUCAGAUGACAAACACGGUCAUUAACUUCUUCCUCAGCAUCUUUCUUCUUGAGGUAGCACAGAUCCCACCUCUGUAUGUGUCCGUCAUUGUGUUCAGCGGUAAGGCGUGGGACGCCAUUACUGAUCCCGUGAUUGGAAUCCUGAUCAGUCGUACAAACACAAGAUUCGGCAAGCUCCGUCCAUGGAUUCUGUUUUCCACUCCUUUUGGAUGUGCUACCUACUUUUUCAUGUGGUAUGUUCCUCACGUCAGCGACGGAGGGAAACUGGGAUAUUACUUUGUCUUCUACUGCUUAUUCCAGGGAUUUUUGACGUGUCUCCACGUACCAUAUACGUCUAUGACCAUGUAUAUCACUGGUAGUCAGAAAGAGAGGGACUCGGCUACAGCAUACAGAAUGGUAUCAGAGGCCAUCGGGGUGCUGUUAGCAUCCGUAGUACAGGGCCAGCUUAUAAACAAGUACAGAAUAGCUGGUGACUGUAAGGACGUGAAGGCCACAGCAUCACCCGAGCAACUCGAAAAUCAGGAGAUGUCCUACAUAUAUGGCUCUGCUGUCAUGAUAGGGAUUUACCUGUUUUGCUCCUUAACGGUGUUUUUCGGCACGCGUGAAAAACAAGUAGGCAUAGUCACAGAUGAUAACGAAGAUUUCUGUUCCGGACUAAAGUUGGUGAUGGGUAGUAAAUCUUAUGUUCGCCUUUCCUUUGCCUUCCUCUUCAUUUCUCUAGCCAUAGCUGUCGUACAAGGUAAUCUUGCGCUAUUUACAACUCACGCCAUUCACUUAGGGGACUAUUUCUCUACAUUCAUGGUUGUCCUUUUAGCAACGUCUAUACUUUCGAUUCCUAUAUGGCAGAAAAUAUUAUUAAGAUUUGGUAAGAAAUCUACAUAUGCAGUUGGAAUAAUACUGUUUAUCCCGACGUUAUUGUCCCAGCUGUAUAUCACAGACAAUAUUUAUGUCUACUACGCCAUAUUGGUACUAGCAGGUUUCAGCGUGGCUGUCUCGUUAUUAUUACCGUGGUCGAUGCUUCCUGAUGUUCUGGAUGAAUUUAUGUUGGAGACGGGGCAACGAAAGGAUGCCAUUUUUUAUUCAUUUUACGUCUUUUUCAAUAAGUUAGCGGCCGGGUUGGCCCUAGGAAUUUCCCAGGUGGUUUUAGCGAUUGGCGGGUACCAGACUGGCGAAUGUCGACAGCCGGAGUCUGUAGGCCUAGCGCUACGUUUACUUAUUGUCCCUGGUCCUGUCAUCUUCUGUCUUGCCGCUCUUAUUUUCCUCUGGAUGUAUCCGAUCAACGAGGAUAGACGUAAACAAAUCCGCAGCUUGAUAGCAGAAAAGAAGAAGAAAAUGUCCAGACAGAAGAAGGAUGAUAAUUCGCCUCCUCCACCAGAUGAAGUUUUUCUAAAAAGUGCUAGUUAUGAUACCAUUGAUGAAUUCAGUACCGAAUGUUGAGUGUCAAUUUGUGACUGAGGAUAAGAAUUGUAUAAACAAAAGUUGUCAUUGAUGAAGAUUA